AUGAAGCUCGCCUGUUUCGAUGUGCUUGCGCUUCUCUACGAGUUCAUCACGAUCUCAUUGGCAGAGAACGUUGAGCAGCUUCCCCUCGAAGUUCUUGAGCCGUGGAAGAAAGCCCACAAUGUUAAUAUUAUCUUCAUGGAAUCUGAUGUAUUGAGUUUCUAUGCAGUGACUGUUCGUGGCCACGAACGUAUCUAA